AUGUGCGUCGAACGUCGUGCGAUCUCGACGUCGCGUCGCGCGUCGCGGCGGCCCCGCGCGGCGGUCGCGCGUCGUCGUCCGCACCGCCCGUCCGCUCGCGCCUCUCGCCUCGUCCGUCUCCGAGAGAAUAAAUCUGAAUCCAUCGCGAACGACGCGUCAUCCUUCGCCGCAGGGAAACACGUGGACGCGACCGACGCGAUCGCAGCCGUGUGCCGCGCCUCCGCGCCGUCGUCCUCCUCGACCGCGCUCCCGAGAGAGAUCACCGGCAGCGCGCUGAUUCGCGCGCUCGACGACCUGGGCCUCCGCGCGGACGACAUCCCGAACCGAAUGCUGCAGGCUGUCACCGUGGACGGGCUCGCGCGCGCGAACAAGCGUUUCUCGCGCGGCUCCGCGGUGUCCACGAACCGCCUGACGUGCCUCGCGUGCAUGCUGUGCGGCGGCGCGUUCGACGCGAAGGUAUCGCUGUGCUUCCAGAGCGCGGACGAGGACGAGAGACGAGCGCUGAGCGAGGGUCAGGCGACGCGUUUCUUCGCGCGGGACGCGUUCGCGGUAGCCGCCGCCGCCGCGAAAUCUGCCGGCGACGGCGGCGACCUCGACUGGGCGAGCGACGUGUGGCGGCGGCGGUGCGAGAUGCACUUCAAGGGGAUGAGCGGCAACGCGUCGUCGAAAUCGCUCGAUUUUGAAGCGUUUAAGUCGCUCGUCAGGCAGAGUUUGGACGAGAUGUCCGAAGCGGUGCUGGUGGACGACGGCGGCGGCGGACACGGCGAUGUUGAAAACAGAAACGGUCGAAGCGUUUCCAUCGUGACCGAAGACGCCGUCGCGGGGAAGCACCAUCAUCAGCGGUCGGAGAGCAACGUGAGCGCGGCGUCGGGGGAAGGCGUCGAGCUGACGGCCGCGUCCGGGGUGCUGUUGAAAUUCAUCGACUCGGUCUCGCGGUCGAGGGGCGGGCCCGGUUCCGUGCAUCACUCGAGAGGCGGAUCGAGAGGCGGGGGGUCGUUCGGGAGCUUCGGCGACCUCGCCGCCGCGACGGGUCCGAGUUCAGACGUCAGCGAGCUGAAGCGGUACCACGCCGCGCGACGCGCCGCCGGCGCCGGCGGCGGCGCGGCGGCGGCGGCGAACGCGUCCCCCGGUGAGCGACGAAAUUCCGCGGGAGAAACGCUCUCGGUGCAGAUACCGAGGUCGUCCUCGUAUCACCAGCUCUCGCCGAUCGCGGACGACGACGCGCGGACGGUCGCCGCCGCGAGCGGGUCCGGGUCGCGGAUGCGUCUGACGAAGGAGGAGGAGGCGGAAGUCGCGGCGGCGGCGGCGGCGGCGGCGAAACGUGCGCCGCAGAACAAAACACCGCGCGCUUCGGCUUCGAAGACGCGGCGCGGCGGCGGCGGGGACGACAGCGCGAACGACGACCACUCCACGCCGUCGAACGGCGAACCCCCGCGCGAUGACGACGACGACGACGACGACGAAAAGCGACCGCCGCCGCUCACCGCCGAGCAGCGGAGAAGAGCGGAACUCCGAGCCGCGCUCGCGGCGGCGCAGAGCGAGACGAUUCUCGCGAUGGAGGUCCAGAACCGAGACGGCGGCGCUGAGGACUACGAGUCCGCGAUGCUGUUCGUCCACGAGGUUGGCGUCCGAAUGUUCAUGUACAACAUCGUGAAGAUGCUCAUCGUCAUCGCCAUCGUCGCCGCCGACGCGUCCGUGUGCGUCUGGGUCAUGUUUCACUUUGGCAUCGUCACCGGUCUGUCCGUGGUCAUGGUAAUCAACAUCGCGCUCGCGUGCAUCGUCGGCUACUUUGUGUAUAAAUACAGCGACCGCUCGAAGGGCAAGAUGCACAUGGAGUACGGUCAGCACCUCGUGAAAGGCUUCAGCGACACGAUCAACUCGAGCGCGCUCGCGUCCACGGCGAAUCAGCUCGCGGUGAUCUCGAAGCAGAUGGACGCCGCGGAGCGCAACAUGGAGGAGCGGCGGAACGAGCUCGCGCGCGCAGGGUCGAGCUUGGAGCGGGCGACGAGCUUGGAGAGAGGCGGAGGAGGCGCGCUCUGGGGGGUCGACGACGAUGACGUCGGCGCGAGCGCGGGCGUCGCGUCGCCGGCGUCGCGGCGGUUUAGCGGCGGCGGAGAGUACGAGUACUCGCCGGGUUGGGACGACGCGGCGCGGUCGCCGCGGGGCCUCGACGCGGUGUGA